AUGGCCGUGUUGCCGCUGACUGUGAAGCCGAUCCAGCCUCCAUCGGGAUCCAAGAUUGAUUUUGGAGCGCAGAUUGACGGGAUUGACUUGGAGAAUAUAUCUGACGAACAAUUCGCAACUAUCCGCAACGCCCUCUAUCACCACCAUGUCAUCGUCUUCAAAAACCAGGACAGCAUCUCUCCAAAGGCCCAAUACGAACUCACCAAGCGCUUCGAUCCCGCCGCCGACAACUACGGCCACGGCAAGACAAUCGACGCCAAACGCAGCAUCCUACAUCCAGACCUAAAGACCGUACCACAUCAACCCCAAGUGCAAAUCAUCGGCAACGGAUUCAUCAAGUCCUACGAGGGCCUAGAGAAUUUCCAACUACGACACCCCCAUCAUCGAACCUUCCAUAAAGAUCACAUUCCCGACGAUAAGGACUACGAUUUCACCCGCUUCUAUCGCUGGCAUAUCGAUGCCGCACUGUACGAUCUGAACCCGCCGCAGGUGACUACCCUGCUCGCAGUGCAGGUUCCCAAGGGACGGCGGCAGACCCUGUUGUACGACGACGGGUCUGACGAGACGAUGGACGUGCCACUGGGUACGACGGCGUUUGUGAGCGGCGAGCGCAUGUUUGAGCUUUUGUCGCCAGCUGAGCAGGAAUUCGUGCGGACGAGUAAAAUUGAAUAUGCACCUCACCCUCAAGACAAAAAGCUGAUUAUCCGCGCAAGCUACAUCUGGAUGAGUCCCGCCCACUCCCGCUCCACAGGCCUCGGCCUCCACACGGAAAACCUCGAACUCCCCGCCUCAGACCUCCCGCCCAUCGACGCCUCCAAAAUCAAAAUCCUCCCCAUGCUCUGGAAAAACCCCGUCACAGGCAAACUCGCCCUCCAAAUCCACCCGUCCGCCAUCCGGCGCAUCCACCUCGCCGACGGCACGGUGAUAGACGAUCUCGCGCGCGUCCGGGAGAUUGUGUACAAGCUCCAGAGGCCGGGGAUUAGUCCGCCGUAUGUGUAUGCGCAUGAUUGGGAGGAGGGGGAUUUGGUGUUGUUUAAUAAUCGCGGGGUUUUACAUUCGGUUGUUGGGGCGUUUAGGCCGGAUGAGGUGCGGUUGUUUCGGCAGUGUAAUCUUGCGGCGGUGGAGGAACCGGUUGGGCCUUGA